AAAAAAAAUCCGACUUUUUCAAUCAAAGGCGCUAACUUUCUUUCUUCUUCUUCCUCUGCUUCAUUCACCAUAACAAUCCCUCAAUCGGAUAACGUCUCUCAAUGGACGGUGCACUCUUCCCCCACAAACCUCCGUACCCAAUUCAAUCCAAGAGACCUCCACCGACUCAAACCGCUAACCAAUCCGUCAAAUUCAGCUCCGCCACACUUCACUUGCCUCCUCCUUCUCCCCCGUCUUUUCCUCUCGACUCGCUUCUCCACCAUCUCGUUCACCUCUCUUCCACGCCGCGACACGCCAACUCCGCCGCCGCUCGUUUCCCUUCCCUCGAGGUCUCGACGGAAUCGAGUCACAAAUGGCGCCAGGAGGUGAAAUCGGUGAAACCCGUUUCGAUUCCCGUUCUGGGCAUCGAAAUCGGAAGCGACGAAGGGAGAUUCGGAGACGGGUCCUUGAAGCUACUGUGCAGGAAGGAAAAUGUGCUGCUUAAUUCGAUCGUGGAACUGCCAUUGCCCGGAUUGAGCAGUUUCUUCGAUUCCGCCAAAUCUGAGUUGCUCAGAACCGAUCUGUUUAGUUUGGUAAAGGCUCUGGAUGAUUCCGGGAACUGGGAAAGAGCGGUUUUUCUGUUUGAAUGGUUACUUUUAGCUUCGAAUUCAGGAGCUUUGAAGCUCGAUCAUCAGGUUAUCGAGAUCGUAGUGAGGAUCUUAGGUAGAGAGUCUCAAUACUCCGUUGCAGCUAAGCUGCUCGACGAAAUUCCUCUGCAAGAUUAUCUUCUCGAUGUUCGUGCUUACACUACUAUCUUAUAUGCUUACUCACGGACAGGGAAGUAUGAAAAGGCAAUCGAUUUGUAUGAGAGGAUGAAAGAGAUGGGUCCUUCACCUACUUUGGUUACUUACAAUGUGAUCCUCGACGUUUUCGGGAAGAUGGGUCGAUCUUGGAGCAAGAUUCUGUUAGUUCUAGACGAAAUCAGGAGCAAAGGGCUAAACUUUGAUGAAUUCACUUGUAGCACUGUGCUCUCCGCUUGUGCAAGAGAAGGUUUGUUAAGAGAGGCCAAGGAGUUUUUCGCUGAGCUUAAGUCAGGCGGAUAUGAGCCCGGAACCGUAACUUACAACGCGUUGCUUCAAGUCUUUGGUAAAGCAGGAGUUUAUACAGAAGCACUAAAGAUUCUGAAAGAGAUGGAGGAAAGCAACUGCCCUGCAGAUUCCGUGACGUACAAUGAGCUUGUUGCAGCUUACGUUAGAGCUGGUUUUACCAAAGAAGCUGCUGGUGUCAUUGAGAUGAUGACUCGAAAAGGAGUGAUGCCGAACGCAAUCACUUAUACCACGGUGAUAGAUGCUUAUGGGAAGUCGGGAAAGGAGGAAGAGGCUUUGAAGCUGUUCUACAGUAUGAAGAAAGCAGGCUGUGUUCCCAACACUUGCACCUACAACGCAGUGCUUAGUAUGUUGGGGAAAAAAUCGAGAUCCAGUGACAUGGUUAAGAUGUUGUGUGAUAUGAAGUCUAAUGGGUGUUCCCCGAAUCGUGUCACGUGGAACACGAUGCUUGCUCUGUGUGGGAAUAAAGGUAUGGAUAAGUACGUGAACCGGGUGUUCCGUGAAAUGAAGAGCUGUGGUUUCGAGCCUGAUAGAGACACGUUCAACACGCUGAUUAGCGCUUAUGGUCGAUGCGGUUCAGAGGUUGACGCGUCGAAGAUGUUUGGUGAGAUGACAAGAGCUGGUUUCAACGCUUGUGUCACGACUUACAACGCGUUGCUUAAUGCCUUGGCUAGACAAGGUGAUUGGAGAUCAGGAGAGAAUGUGAUCUCAGACAUGAAAAGCAAAGGAUUCAAACCAACGGAAACAUCUUACUCCUUGAUGCUUCAAUGCUAUGCCAAAGGAGGGAACGUUCUUGGGAUAGAGAGAAUCGAGAAGGAGAUAAACGAAGGCUACAUAUUCCCGAGCUGGAUGCUUUUGAGAACUUUGCUUCUCGCAAACUUCAAAUGCCGAGCACUCGCCGGGAUGGAGAGAGCCUUCGCGUUGUUUAAAAAGCACGGAUACAAACCGGACAUGGUGAUUUUCAACUCGAUGCUCUCCAUUUACACAAGGAACAACAUGUACGAUCAAGGGCACGAGAUUCUCCAGUCUAUACGCGAGCACGAGCUGAACCCUGAUCUUGUAACCUACAACAGCCUCAUGGACAUGUACGUGAGAAGAGGAGAGUGUUGGAAAGCAGAAGAGAUCCUCAAGAAUCUAGAGAAAUCGAAGCUGAGACCGGACCUGGUUUCUUACAACACGGUGAUCAAAGGCUUCUGCAGGAAAGGGUUGAUGCAAGAAGCGGUCAGGAUGCUCUCUGAGAUGACGGAGCGUGGGAUCAGACCGUGCAUAUUCACUUACAACACGUUUGUUUCCGGUUACACGGCGAUGGGGAUGUUUGAAGAGAUUGAGGAUGUGAUUGAGUAUAUGGCGAAGAACGAGUGCAGACCAAAUGAGUUGACUUAUAAAAUGGUUGUGGAUGGUUAUUGCAGAGCAGGCAAGUACAGUGAAGCCAUGAGUUUUGUUUCCAAGAUUAAGACACUUGAUGCUCACUUUGAUGAUCAGUCCAUCCAAAAGCUAGCUCUUCGAGUACGUGAGAAUUUAGAAUCCUAAAUGAAACUAUAUAAAUAUUUGUUUCUUUUUGUAGAUUUGUGGGUUUUUUUUUGUAUUGUAAUUUACAUUUCAUUUUCACUCCGAGAAAAAUAAUAAGCACAACUUUGAACCUUUGAUGAUGAUGAAAAGAAAAUGUUCAAUUGAAACUUAAAUAAAAAAUCAGUAAAUUGGACCGGAAAGCAAAUUGAACCGGAAAUGUGGAAUUUGAGGAACCGGUUAAGAUGAAAAAGGAGAGGCACCGAGAUUCCUGAGUCAUCGACACCGACCGAAUCUCUCUCCUCUCUCCUCUAGAAGUGGCCGGUGGAAUCCAUUACCUACAAAUAUCAGAUUGCUCCUAUUUUGCUUGGCUCUUAAUCAUAGUCAAACUAUCUUCUUCUUCUUCUUCUGGGUUUCAAGGCGGUUUCUGGGUUUUUGUCUUCGAUUUUGACCUUUUGUUCUGUUCAAUUCCGUGUUUACUGUAUGCAAAAUCAAAUGGAGUGGGAUAGCGAUUCCGAUCUCAGCGGCGGCGAUGAGGUCGUGGAUGAUGGAUGGUUCGGCGGAGAUAACGGACCGAUUCCGUUCCCGGUGAGUAGUCUUCCCGGAACGGCGCCGUGUGGGUUCGUGGUCAGCGACGCUCUUGAGCCUGACCAACCUAUUAUCUAUGUAAACACCGUCUUCGAGAUGGUCACUGGGUAUCGAGCUGAGGAAGUUAUCGGUAGAAAUUGCCGGUUCUUGCAGUAUAGAGGGCAAUAUGCUAAAAGAAGGCAUCCAUCAGUAGAUUCUACAGUUGUGUCGAAGAUGCGACAAUCUCUAGAGAAGGGCAUCGAGUUUCAAGGCGAGCUGCUGAACUUUCGGAAAGAUGGGUCUCCUUUGAUGAACAAGCUGCGUGUAGUUCCUAUCCGUGAAGAAGACGAGAUCACUCAUUUCAUAGGUGUUCUCUUCUUCACAGAUGCAAAGAUCGAUCUUGGCCCACCUCCUGGUUUGUAUGCAAAAGAGAUCCCGAGAACAUCUCGCUCAUUCUCCUCUGCUUUACCUAUCGGAGAACGUAAUGUCUCUCGCGGGCUCUGUGGGAUUUUCGAGCUGAGUGAUGAGGUAAUAGCUCUCAAGAUAUUGUCGCAGCUGACUCCUCGUGAUAUUGCAUCGGUUAGUUGUGUGUGUCGGCGGCUCGAUGAGCUGACAAAGAACGAUGAUGUGUGGAGAAUGGUCUGUCAAAACACAUGGGGAACCGAGGCUACACGUGUCCUCGAGAGUGUUCCCGGUGCAAAGAGGAUCGGCUGGGUGCGACUGGCUCGAGAGUUCACCACACAUGAAGCAACGGCGUGGAGGAAGUUCUCUGUUGGAGGCACUGUCGAGCCUUCCCGGUGUAAUUUCAGCGCUUGCGCCGUUGGGAACAGGAUUGUUAUCUUUGGUGGGGAAGGUGUGAAUAUGCAACCGAUGAAUGAUACAUUCGUGUUGGACCUUGGCUCGAGUAGUCCCGAGUGGAAAUCCGUUCUGGUCAGCUCUCCUCCUCCUGGUCGCUGGGGUCACACGCUCUCUUGUGUCAACGGUUCCCGUUUAGUAGUGUUUGGAGGUUACGGGAGCCACGGGUUACUCAACGAUGUCUUCUUGUUAGACCUUGAUGCAGACCCUCCGACAUGGAGAGAGGUAUCCGGUUUGGCUCCUCCAAUACCAAGAUCGUGGCACAGCUCGUGCACACUCGAUGGAACCAAGCUGAUUGUAUCUGGUGGUUGUGCUGAUUCAGGAGCUCUACUCAGCGAUACUUUCUUGCUUGACCUUUCAAUGGAUAUACCAACUUGGAGGGAGAUACCGGUUCCAUGGUCUCCUCCAUCGCGCCUUGGACAUACGCUUACCGUCUAUGGUGACCGAAAGAUCCUCAUGUUUGGUGGUCUUGCGAAAUCCGGCUCUCUGAGAUUCCGAUCUAACGAUGUGUACACGAUGGAUCUCAGCGAGGAUGAACCGUCUUGGAGACCUGUGAUCGGGUAUGGAUCUAGCCUUCCGGGAGGCAUGGCGGCUCCACCACCGAGGCUAGAUCAUGUGGCGAUAAGUCUUCCCGGUGGUAGAAUCUUGAUCUUUGGUGGUUCGGUUGCAGGGCUUGACUCGGCCUCUCAGCUUUAUCUUCUUGAUCCAACGGAGGAGACACCGGCGUGGAGGAUAUUGAAUGUGAAGGGAAGUCCGCCGAGGUUUGCGUGGGGACACACCACUUGUGUGGUCGGAGGAACUCGGUUGGUCGUCUUAGGUGGCCAAACCGGAGAAGAGUGGAUGCUAAAUGAAGCUCACGAGCUCUUAUUAGCCACCUCUAAUACUACAGUCACCUCGUCAAGACACGAAGAAGAGAAAAGGGUCUUCUAGAUGUUUUGAUCAAAAUGGGAAAACUCAAAAACAUGUUCAUUAGUUGCUCUGUACAUGGUGAGUUUGUGAGUUUGGUACGUCCAUGUUUUGCUCAUCUGUUGAUUUACUGUUAUAUGUAUAUGCAAUGUUUACGAAUUUGAUUUGUAUAUUCUUUCUUUUGUAGUAAUUUUUUGUAGGUGACCAAAACCAAGCUUAAAAACUGAUCUGUUUAAAAGAAAUCAAGUUGUAGCAUUGUUUAAUUUGUUUUAUUUCUCUAUAUUAGAUAUACAGAAAA